AGCCCGGCACUGCCCGGAGCUCUGCGCUGCCUGCCAGGCGUGCCCGGAGCCCGGCGUGCCCGGAGCCCGGCGUGCCCUGUGAGCGGGAGCGGGGCGAACCCCUCGUGCUCCCGCGUGGAUGUCCCACGGGGCGCGUGAGGGCCGGGCCGGGGGCUCUGGGGGAGCUCGGCGGAGCUUCUCUGCCUGAGCCUCUCUGCGGUGACGGCGCUCGAAGUCCCACAUCUGUUUCUGCCUCUGCGCUCCGGGAGAGUUGGCACUCGGCAGGGAAGCAAUGUUGUAAGAAUGUCAUCAGGCAUCCAAAUGAAAACAAAGACUGCAGCACAGAAAAGCAAGCCAUGUUCACAGCCAAAGCCUAGUGACAAGCUGAAUCCUAAAACUAUUGAUCCAUUUCGUGCCUAUUCUCAACCACCAUCUGCAUUUGCUGCUACAUAUGCUAGAGGUGGCAUUCCGUGCAGGUUAGUGCAUGGAUCAGUAAAGCACAAACUGCAGUGGGAAUGCCCUCCUGAAACUGUUUCCUUUGAUCCUCUUCUUUUAACACUGGCAGAGGGACUAAGAGAGACAAAACAUCCCUAUACUUUUGUUUCCAAGGAGGGUUUUAAAGAAUUACUUCUGGUUGAAGGUGCUGCUGAAAAAGCUAUUCCCUUGUUGCCUCGUCUAGUUCCAGUCUUAAAGGCUGCAUUGGCCCAUGUGGAUGAUGAAGUAUUUGAAAGGGCAUUGGAUGCUUUAGUGCAAUUGAGUGGGGUUGUUGGCCCAUCUCUUAAUGAUCAUCUUAAACUUCUACUCACAAAUCUUUUAAAGAGAUCAAUGGACAAGAAAUAUAGAGAAAAAGUUACUGUUGCUUUACAAAAGUUGGAGCACUAUGGUGGAAAGGCAACUGUGGCUAUCAUCAAAUCUAAAAUUCCAACCUAUUGUUCUAUCUACUCUUGAACAAGGAAAUUAGUGAUUUGUACUGUAAGGUGAAGUUUGGAAAGAAACUGUCUGUAAAUAUCACUGACCCUUAUUUGGGGUAUGAUAUAUUCUCUUAAAAUAAUAAUAAUUAUUCAGUAUGACGGAGAGCAGGAGUCUUACCAGUUUGUGAAUAUGUAAUUACGGAAGACUUCUCUUUGUAUAUUUGUAUAUGCAUUAGGCUUAACAUGACACCAAUUAAUGUGGUAUUAUUUCAAAAACAGAAUAAGUAUUGAUUCUUAUUUAGUUUUAAAUUACGAUUUCAUUUAUUAUACCUGCAGUGGUUAAUAUGUUUUGUAUAUUUGUGUGAUGCAAAAUAAUUUGGUUGUAAUUACUUAAAUAAAAUCUAACCUGGUGCUAAA